AUGGAUCGGCGCCGGCAGCCUCGCAGAGCCUCUGCGCAAGUGCAUGAGGAGCUGAACGACACCGUGCAGCGCUUCAUCACUCGUGACCGCUCCUUGAACGAUGUCACGCGGGAGCUGCACCGUGGCAAGGCGCUACUGGGCCAGAGUGAUGGCUUGGUACAUGGGGCUGUGGACAAUGCCAUGGCCACCAUCAAGGAGGUCUUGACUUUCAGGCUCCAAGAGUCUGCAGUGGAUGCCAUCUUGACUGGCAAGCGGAAGGCCUGA